AGAAAACGCAAAGUGCAUCGGACAUGCAUGCAAUGCAACAAAAAGUGGGCACACCGGAGUAGACGUAAACAUAUAUAGACGGCGGCAGAAAGCCUGCACGCAAACAGACGACGACGCUCCUUGCUUGCUCGCUCAGCUAGGCGGCCGUCCAUGGCGUUCUUGACGCCUUUUUCCGCCCCCGCGUCCGCCGCCGCGGUCGUCCUUCCCGUCCCGCCGCCGCCGUCCGCCGUGGCACUGGUGGCGCGGCGCCGCGCGCCGGUGCCGUCGGCGGCGGCGGCCCUGCUGCGCGCCAUGCCGCAGGGCGGGAAGAACGCGCGGCGUGGCGCGGCGCUGGUAGUGGUGGUGCCGUCCGCCGCGCUCGAUGACGUUGACGUGCCCCCGGCGGCCAUCAUCGACGACGCCGACCUCCGCGCCUACCUCGAGUCGCAGAUCGUCACCUCCGACCAGAUGAGCCCGGCGGCGAAGCUCACCGACGUGAUGUCGCGCCCGGUGCAGGUGGCAACGCCGGGGCAGCGGCUAGCGGAGGUCGACGCGUUCUUCGCCGCGCGGCAGUACUCCGGCCUGCCCGUGGUGGACGACGACGGCAGGUGCAUUGGGGUCAUCUCCAACAAGGACAAGGCCAAGGCGCCCAAUGGGAUGGAGUCAACUGUAGGUGAAGUCAUGUCAUCUCCUGCGAUAACGCUGACACUGUAUAAGACUGUCUUGGAGGCUGCAGCGCUAAUGCUUAAGGAGAAGGUUCACAGGAUACCGGUUGUGAAUGAACAACAGCAUGUGAUCGGAAUUGUGACUCGCUCGGACGUAUUCCAGACUCUUGAGCCCAACAACAAAGCAUGAGAGUGAGGUCCCCUGUUAGGCUUGUUCUCGCCAGAUGUUGUCCGUUGUAAAUAUCAGUCGAAUCAGACUGCUGCUGCUGCUCGACCUUGUAUAUAUUCUAGUUCUAGCUGCUGUUGUACACUAGUAUGGACGCGUUGAGCUUGUGUACAUGUGGACUGUAACAUGUUUAUGAACUGAGUUGAUGUCUUGAUUGUGUGCUGGAUCUCUAUCAUGAAAUAUUGUAGAACCAAAAAGUUGCUUACAGUUA